AUGGCGACAGACCUCGAAUUUCCGCUCAUUUUUCUCUUGCCUACGCACCUUGACGCUGAUCGGCUUCAUGAGCUCGAGGAGAAGAUUCCAAGCCUGACUUACGACAUAAAAGAGGCUGAAGUGAUUCUCGGCAAUAUCUCGAAGAGGCAAAGAGCUUUAUUCGAGCUACGGCAGAGAAAACUACAGACAGUGCCAGUGGAGGCGGCCACCGAGUCACAGCCUCCAGGUUCUUCGCAUAAGCGAAAACGGGAUGAAGGCUCAAGCGACAGGGAUUCAUCUGCGCAUACCGAGGAUGGCCAUAGGAAUGGAUCAGCUGCUUGGCCAAUCCCGCAGACACUCCUGAAAUCUCUCGAAGUCAAUAUCGUUCGAGUAGUAAAGCUCAACUGGCUUACUGAAUCCCUUGAUCAGGGCCGGGUCCUUCCGCUUCGUGACUUCGUCAUCUACGAGGGCCGACAUUCAGCCUGUGUUCCGUCGGGCGGAGGAAAAUGCGUCAGCAUCAGCGAGUCAACGGACAACGAUGCCUUCGCUGCUGAGACAAACAACCUCAGAGCACGACUCGACUAUCACUCUGGCGCCACAUUCAUCGAGGAAUUGAAAGCGAUUCGGACAACGAGGAAACUCAUGGGUGAUCAGAUCGGCGUGAGAGCAUAUUCCACCUCGAUUGCGACAUUAUCCGCAUACCCAUGCAAUAUUUCAAGCCCGCAAGGGUGGCGAGAUUUGGACGAUAUAGUAGAAUAUGGCUGGGACGACUUGUCACGCGUCCAGCAAAUCGGUGUCAAGUUCUAUGAGGAGCUCAAGCUCAAAAUUACUCGUGUCGAAGUCGAGUCCAUUGCCAACACAAUAUUGAAGCAUGCGCGCAAAUUCAGUCCUGGAUACCAGAUGGUCAUCGUUGGUGGGUACCGUCGUGGGAAGCACGACAGCGGGGACGUGGAUGUGAUCAUCAGUCAUCCAGAUGAGUGUGCCACACUCAACUUCGUCGAGAAGCUUGUGGUGAGCCUUGAGAAGAGCGGGCAGAUAACCCACACCCUCACGUUGAGCAACCACAAUAGCGAGCGCGGCCAGCGACCAGUCAGCUGGGACGGAAAUCAGGGAAGCGGGGGUGGCUUUGAUACACUGGACAAAGCACUCGUGGUUUGGCAGGAGCCGGAAAUGAGCGAUCGAGGCAGGGCCAGCAGCGUCGAUUCCGCCAGCCAGAGGCCACCGCAUCGAAGGGUAGACAUUAUAAUCAGCCCCUGGAAAACGGUUGGCUGUGCUGUUUUGGGAUGGAGCGGGGACACGACGUUCCAGCGGGAUCUACGCCGCUACUGCAAGAAGCAGCGGGACUUGAAGUUCGACAGCAGUGGUAUCCGCAGUCGCCUUGACGGUAGCUGGUUGGACCUGGAGGGAAAUGGAAAAGCCCCAGACAUGUUAACGGCGGAGAGGAGGGUGUUUGAGGGCCUAGGGCUGGACUGGAGUCUCAUCUUGGCGUAA